CUGUCACACUGAAUAUGAUGCAACUUCAGUGUAGUGCAACCUAUCCUCCAUAGCCCUACUAAUAUUGCCAAGAUUACUGUCCAUAGACAUGACCUUCUCCAUAAAAUUUAUAUUGGUGGAGAAUCCUACCCUGUCUGGCCAUAUUGACCCCUCCCUUGUCAAUGUCAGAAUAUUGGCAUCUGGCCACCCUGCCAAGCUUGAUGUCCUUUAUGCGCCCAAACUGGUCAUGACCAUUUAUAUUGCUAUGCAUAAGCUUGCACGUGCCAAUUCUGGUGGCUCCCAUGAUGUAUUUUAUAGGAGCUGCUCUGUGUACAAGUUUAAGGAUGAGGUAGCAGUUAUCAGCUUCAAAUUUUGUCUCUGCAUCUCUCCAAGUAUCUCCACCCACUCCUCCAAUAUGUUACCUGUUAAUUACUUCUUAAUGGUUCCUCUUUCAGUCCCACACAUUCUGUUGUCAUAUAUCCACACAUUUUGUUCUAAUCAUUAACUCACAUUUACCCUAUUUGUCACAUUACUUUACUAUAGUGCUAUAUGACCUUUGAUGUGUAGCACAUUUAUUUGUUUUCAACACUGAUAAUAAAAAAAAAAAUAAAUAAAAUCUGUAAUAAUAAGAGUGGCAGAAACA